AUGAAAGAAGUAAAGAUAGCCAGGCUGCUUUUCAUCAGUUUUUCACUGCUUUACGGUUUUGUUGCACCAUUGAACUGCACCAGCCCAACACCUAAGGCCUUGUUUGAUGCACUUGAGACAGAAUUAUUUCCAAGAAAACUAUUUCGACCUGUAGGAAACUUUACAGAUGUACUGAAAGUAUCCAUCGAAAUGACUAUAGUGGGAAUUUUAGGAGUGAAUGAAAAAGAGCAGACCUUAACAGUAUUCAUAUGGCAAUACCUGGAGUGGGAUAUAGCGGGACUGAGCUGGGAUGAGAAGGAAUGUGGAACUACAAGAGUCUCUGUCCCUCGAGAACAGCUUUGGGUCCCAGACAUCGUCAUCAAUGAGUUCAUGGACGAGGACAAAUCUCCCAAAACGCCUUAUGUCUACUUAUACAACACAGGUCAUGUUUAUGAUGAUAGGCCGGUCAGAGUGAUCGCCACCUGCAAAUUAGUCAUCUACACUUUCCCCUUUGAUAUCCAAAACUGCACUCUGACCUUUGAACCAUACCUGCACUUUGCUGAAGACAUAAAGAUGAAUCAAAGACAUUCAGCUGCAGAGAUCCUGGAGGAGUCCAGGGACGUGCUACAUACCAGAGGAGAGUGGGAGCUUGUUGAUAUCAAACAAGCUCAAACAACCCUUGAAAUAACAGAGGGAAGCUACUCUGAGCUCAAAUACUUUAUCAUUUUGAGACGUAGGCCAAUCCUUUAUGUGAUAAACCUCCUGUUGCCCAGCUGCUUCCUCAUCACACUGGACCUCUUCAGCUUCCUGCUGCCUCCCCAAGGUGUGGAUCGGUCCUCCUUUAAGAUGACUCUCAUCCUGGGCUACACCGUUUUCCUGCUCAUCAUGAACGACCUGCUGCCUGUCACUGGAAAUACAACACCUCUAAUAAAUGUUUUAUUCUCAGUCAGUCUGGCUCUGAUGGUGGCCAGCCUGUUGGAGACAGUGUUUAUCACCAACAUCCAGUUCAGCGCCAGCAAGUACAGAAAGGUGCCUCACUGGCUCAGUGUCCUUGUGCUACGAUAUCUUGCUGUUGUUGUUUGUCUCCCUCCAAAAAAGACGAGCAACCGCAUCACAGUCUCCCUUCACCCACCUGCUAGAGCAAUGAGUCCCAGCAUCAUCUCUUCAGGAGAUCUUCAGAGUGUCUCUGGUGAUACACCUCAUGAGAAACCCCCUCUGGAUCCAGCCCUGGAUGAACUGAGGAAGCUUGAUAUGAAAAAGGUGACGACAGCCGGGCUAAUUUUUAUCACUUUUUCACUUCUUUACGGUUUUGUUGCAUCAUUGAACUGCACCAGCCCAACUCCUAAGGCCUUGUUUGAUGCAUUCGAGACUGAAUUAUUUCCUAGAAAACUACUUCGACCUGUAGGAAACUUUACAGAUGUCCUGAACGUAUCCAUCGAAAUGACUAUAGUGGGAAUUUUAGGAGUGAAUGAAAAAGACCAAAACUUGAAAAUAUUCAUAUGGCAAGUCCUGGAGUGGGAUAUAGAUGGACUGAGCUGGGAUGAGAAGGAAUGCGGAACUAAAAGAGUCUCUGUCCCUCGAGAAAAGCUUUGGGUCCCAGACAUCGUCAUCAACGAGUUCAUGGACGAGGACAAAUCUCCCAAAACGCCUUAUGUCUACUUAUACAACACAGGUCGUGUAUUUGAUGAAAAGCCGAUCAGAGUGAUCGCCACCUGCAAAUUAGUCAUCUACACUUUCCCCUUCGAUGUCCAAAACUGCACUCUGACCUUUGAACCAUACCUGCACUUUGCUGAAGACAUAGAGAUGACUCAAAGACAUUCAACUGCAGAGAUCCUGGAGGAGUCCAGAGCUGUGUUGCAGACCAGAGGAGAGUGGGAGCUUGUGGAUAUCAAACAAGCUCAAACAACCCUUGAAAUUACAGAGGGAACCUACUCUGAGCUCAAAUUCUUUAUCAUUUUGAGACGUAGGCCAAUCCUCUACGUGGUGAACCUCCUGAUCCCCAGCUGCUUCCUCAUCACACUGGACCUCUUCAGCUUCCUGCUGCCUCCCCACAGUGUGGAUCGGUCCGCCUUCAAGAUGACCCUCAUCCUGGGCUACACCGUUUUUCUGCUCAUCAUGAACGACCUGCUGCCUGUCACUGGAAAUACAACACCUCUAAUAAACGUUUUAUUCUCAAUCAGUCUUGCUCUGAUGGUGGCCAGCCUGUUGGAGACAGUGUUUAUUACUAACAUUCAGUUCAGCGCCAGCAAGUACAGAAAGGUGCCUCACUGGAUCAGUGUCCUUGUGCUACGAUAUCUAGCUGUUGUUGUUUGUCUCCCUCAAGAAAAGAUGAGCAACCGCAUCACAGUCUCCAUUCACCAACCUGCUAGAGAAAUAAGUCCCAGCAUCAUCUCUUUAAGAGAUUCUCAGAGUGUCUCUGGUGGUACACCUCAUGAGAAACCUCCUCGGGAUCCAGUCCUGGAUGAACUGAGGAAACUGAGCAGAGAUCUCGUGGCCAUCCGCCUCCAGAUAGACCAACACUUCCAUGGGAGCAAUACCUCGGCUGAAUGGCAAAUGAUCGGAUUAGUCAUUGACCGUCUGCUGUUCAGCUUGUACAUUGUCUUCAUCACGGUCUGCUUUAUCACCAUUGUAGCUAUCUGGAUAUUUAGUAACUUGCACAUAACAUGAUAUUCACUUACAAAGACCAUGCCAAUCAGGUAAAGAUUUCAAAUGAUUUAUUGCGUAUGAUGGAUUAUGGGUUCGGAGGAAAGCAUGAAGGGGUGAGGAUCGAGGGAUUACAGAAUGAACGGAUGAGGAUAGAGGGAUGAAGGGAUUAGGGUCGAGGGUCGAAUGGAUGAGGGGUGAAGGGUUGAGUGAUGUAGGGAUGAGGGUCGAGGGCCAGAUGGAUGAAAGGUUAGGGAUGACAGGGUAAGGAUCAAGGGAUAUAGAGUGAGGAAUGAAGGGAUGAGGGAUGAAGGGAUGAAGGGGUGGAAGACUGAGGGUUGAGGGAUGAAGGCUGGAUUUCUGGGUAGCAGGCAAGCGCUAUGAUGAAUGUGUUGGGUCAAAGGCAGGAACGCAGGAGAGGUCCCGGGAGUGAGACUGAGUUGGGGAGUUGUCUCUUUGUGAGCUUGGCUUCGGAUAGAGCCCCUACUGGUUCCUGUAUGCAGAAAGGAGCAGAGAAAAAGAUGUAAGA